GCCGGGUGCGAAACGUUAACUGCCCCCGCUUUCCAAAAUCAAACAUCAAGUUGUGAAGUUGCUUCUACAUGCUAUAGGCGAAAACAAUGGCCACAGAUCUCAGUGAUUAUACCAUUAUCAAGGAAGGGGAAGCUGAAAUUCUUAUGCACGCCAAAAAUGAAGUAUUCUUUAAUAAAACACAGGUUAACAAUAGGGAUAUAUCGAUUGCUGUUUUGAGAACUUUUAUAUCAAAGCGUAAGCAAGAGCAUGAAGCAUGGUUAUCUAAGAGAACAAAAUCAUCUCAGAGGAUAUCAGAAAAAGAUUCUUCUGAAUCUGCUAUGGAGGAAGUUCCAUCUAAAGCUGGGCAAGAUGAUAAAAAAUCUAAUGGGGAAUGUGGAGCAGAUGAAGAGAAAUCUCCUGAGGAUUCAAGUACGACCACCGAAGAAUCCGUCAAGAUCAGCGAAGCAUGCAACACGACAGAAGAGUUGAGCGAGAACAUUGAAGGAUGCAGCGAGACAGGAAAGUCAAUCAAUAUUACGGAAGGAAAAGGAGUGAGGGAACUGAAGCCGCCUAGAGUUCUUGAGGCACUGUCUGCUUCUGGAUUAAGGGCUCUUAGAUAUGCCCGUGAAAUAGAAGGGAUUGGUCAGGUUGUGGCCCUGGACAACGACAAAGCUUCUGUUGAAGCUUGUAGAAGGAACAUCAAAUUCAAUGGUUCAGUUGCAUGUUCAAAAGUGGAGUCCCAUCACGCGGAUGCUCGUGUAUAUAUGUUAACCCACCCUAAAGAAUUUGAUGUGGUUGAUCUUGAUCCUUAUGGUGCGCCUUCUGUUUUUCUGGAUUCAGUAGUCCAAUCUGUAGUUGAUGGAGGUAUGCUGAUGUGCACUGCAACAGAUAUGGCAGUACUCUGCGGGGGCAAUGGAGAGGUCUGCUAUUCAAAGUAUGGAUCAUAUCCACUGAGAGGGAAAUAUUGCCACGAAAUGGCUUUGAGGAUCCUUCUAGCCUCCAUUGAGAGUCAUGCUAAUCGUUACAAGCGGUAUAUUGUUCCUGUGCUAUCUGUUCAGAUGGACUUCUAUGUUCGUGUUUUUGUUCGCAUAUACACUUCUGCAAGUGCAAUGAAAAAUACGCCAUUGAAGCUUUCAUAUGUUUAUCAGUGCACUGGCUGUGAUUCCUUUCACCUACAGUCCCUUGGGAGGACCGUGCCCAAGAAUAGCAGUGUCAGAUAUCUGCCAGGCUUUGGUCCUGCUGUUCCUCAAGAAUGUAGCGACUGUGGAAAAAAAUUCAAUAUGGGUGGACCCAUAUGGUCAGCUCCUAUCCAUGACCAGGAAUGGGUAGCUUCUAUACUGACUGAUGUGAAAUCUAUGAAGGAUCGAUAUCCGGCUUAUGAGCGUAUAUCUGCUGUUUUGACUACAAUAUCAGAGGAAUUGCCGGAUGUUCCUUUGUUUCUUAGUCUGCAUAACCUCUGUUCGACACUUAAAUGCACUUCUCCAUCGGCGGUUAUGUUUCGCUCUGCUGUCAUCAAUGCUGGCUAUCGCAUAUCCGGAACUCAUGUCAAUCCAUUGGGACUUAAAUCGGAUGCACCGAUGGAUGUCGUUUGGGACAUAAUGCGCUGCUGGGUGAAAAAUCAUCCUGUGAAAGCUCAACCUCCAGAUCAACCAGGAAGUGUCAUACUUGCAAAGGAACCUGUCCUUCAGGCUAAUUUUGCUCGAGCGGUAGCAUCUCUUAGCAAGGCACAAGCUAAGAAGGUUGCACGCUUUCUACCAAAUCCUGAAAGGCACUGGGGUCCUAAGCUUAGGGCAGGACGUCAAAUUACUAGCAAGCAUGUCUCUCUUUUGGGUCCAGCAGCAAUUAAUGGAGCGAUCAAGCCGGAAGAAGACGAAGAACCGAAAAGUAAGAAGCAGAAGAUGGAAGAUAUCACAUCUUAGGGCCUGUUUAUGAUGACGUUUCGAUGGGUAAUUAUGCAGUGAAAAUGACAAAUCAUGCUAUGGAUGAUAUUCGAUCGUUUGUAUUUGCAAUGGGGGAAUUGUGCUUUUACAUCAAAAGCCACGAUGAGUCAUAAGCACAGAUUUGCUGCUUAUAAUUUUUCAAUCGUGGAGAGAGAGAAAAUUAGAGUUUGUGAGGAGAACUAAAGAGCGGAGAGAGAAGCUAAAAAAAUUUGGUUAUCAUCUUUAAGGAAUUUACUACUUUCUCCUGUU